AUUGAGAUUAUUUGUGGUUCUAGAUUAAUGCGGGUUUUCAAUGCCGUAGACAUUUUUGGAUAAUCUGGGGAUGAAUUAUCCAUAGCUUUCAAGCAUGAGAUGUACAGGCUCAAGCAAGAACUCACCGUCUUCGUCAAAAGCUCAGGCCAAGGCAAGAAAUUCGGAGAAACAGGUGCUCGUUGGCUCCCCCCUCCCCGCCGCCCCUGGCAAUACAAUAUGUGAAGGUUUGCAUGCCCACCUUAGUUCGCAGGUAGACAAUAUAUAAGUCGCGCCGGAUCCCAAGUGUAGAAGAAAGUGCCACGCUCUCAUUCAAACUACUCGGACAAUCAAAAUAACGGGAUCCUACCUCAACAUGCAUUUCCAAUUGAGCUCAAUUCUUACUGUGGCAUCUGCCGCAGUCGCAGUUGCAAACCCAGUCGGGUCAGACUCUUCAGAUGCUAUUGCUCGCAGAGGUCAUUCAAAGCAGCAAACAUCAACAAGACCAGUCGUGCAAUACUCUCCCAAGAACCCAUCCGUCGCUCCCCCUUACCCAGCAGCAAGAACCAAGACUUGCGUUGUGCCAAGCAAUGGCAAUGGAAAAGAUGACUCUUCAGCCAUUAUGAGUGCACUUCAUUCGUGCAACAAUGGUGGCCAUGUAGUUUUCAGCAAGGGUGUUACAUACUCAAUUGGCACAGCCAUGGACUGGACUUUCCUUCAGCACAUUGAUCUUGGUACGUCACUUUGUAGCAUCAACACAUCGAUGUACUUUUUUGCUAAUGGAUAUUGCAGACAUUCAGGGAGAACUUCUCUUUUCGAACGACACCACCUACUGGCAAGCCAAUUCCUUCCCAUUCGUCUUCCAAAACGCCACCUCAUUCUUCAAACUCGGAGGAGAGGACGUUUUCAUCUACGGAGGUGGAACUCUUAACGGAAACGGUCAAGUCUGGUAUGACCUUUAUGCCGAGAACAUUUACGCACUCAGACCAGUUCUCAUUGGAAUUGAUGGACUUAAAGACUCCAUCUUGACCGAUUUGGUUCUCCGUUACUCACCACAAUACUACAACUUCAUUGCAAACUCCAGCAAUGUUGUGUACAACAACAUCAACAUCUCAGGUGGAAGCUCGAGCAAAAACCCUGCAAAGAACACCGAUGGAUGGGAUACUUACCGAUCUGACAACAUCGUUAUCCAGAACUCUAACAUCAACAAUGGAGAUGGUAAAUACCCUUUCAUUCUGUAUUUGGAAAAUUUGCUUACCAGUUUCUAGAUUGUGUUUCUUUCAAGCCCAACAGUACUAACAUCUUGGUUCAAAAUCUUGCCUGCAAUGGCUCCCACGGAAUCUCUGUUGGAUCCCUCGGUCAAUAUGCUGGAGAAUUCGACAUCGUCGAAAACGUAUACGUUUACAAUGCCACAUUGACCAACGCCAGUGACGGUGCACGUAUUAAGGCUUGGCCUAACACCGCAUCAGCUCUCAGUGGUGAUCUCCAAGGUAAAUAUGUUCUCUUUUUUGAAUUCAAAGUCUAUAACUAACAAACCCAUAGGAGGCGGUGGUAGUGGCAGAGUCCAAAACAUUACCUACGACACAAUGCACGUCGAAAACGUCGAUUACGCCAUCGAGAUUGACCAAUGCUACGGUCAAAAGAACCUCACCCUCUGUCUCCAAUACCCAUCUGCUCUUACCAUCACCGACAUUGUCUUCAAGCACUUCACUGGUACCACCAGCUCAAAGUACAGCCCUGAGAUUGGUACAUUUGCUUGCUCUAGCUCUUCGGUUUGCAACAACAUUGUGGCAACCGACAUUAAUGUGAAGAGUCCAAAGGGAACAAAUGAGGCUUACUGUCUCAAUGUUAACAACGCAACUUUGGAUGUUACCUGCAACAACACUCCUAAGGGAUUUAACUAGGGGAGAGUGUUAACUUGCUAUGUAAGGGGAUGGUGUGUGAUGGAUUUUGUGUAGAGGGAUAUUGUGAUUUGAUGGUUGUUUUGUUGCUUGUAUAACUAGAAGAUGUGAUACGAAAUUUAAUGUU